AUGCCUAACGUUUUUGCCCCUCAAGUCUUCUUUAUCGCAUUCCGGGAGUGCCUCGAGGCCUCUGUUGUCAUCUCCGUCUUGCUGUCCUUUCUGAAGCAGAGCUUGGGUCAGCCUGAGCAAGAUCAGCAGGUCUACAAGAGACUUGUUCGACAUGUCUGGAUUGGUGCUUUCCUCGGGAUUGGUAUCUGCUUAGUCAUCGGCGGCGCCUUUAUCGGCGUCUUCUAUGGUUUGGGCCACGAUAUCUGGGCGAAUGCAGAAGACCUCUGGGAAGGAAUCUUCUAUCUGAUCGCUUGUAUCAUUAUUACCGGCAUGGGUCUUGCACUUCUCCGAAUCAACAAAACCAAGGAGAAGUGGCGUGUCAAGAUCGCGCAGGCCCUGGUGGAGAAGAAGAAGGGCCAGAGUUGGUUGGGCAGUUGGUCACGCCGAUACGUUAUGCUACUCAUUCCGUUGGUCACCACACUUCGAGAGGGACUGGAAGCUGUGGUGUUCAUCGGAGGUGUCUCACUGGGAUAUCCCGCAACAGCAUUCCCUAUUCCCGUUAUCACUGGCCUCCUUUCAGGAUUUCUGGUUGGAUGGCUCUUGUACCGUGGUGGCAACCAACUAUCCAUCAAGAUUUUCCUAAUCAUUGCGACUGCAAUCCUGUAUCUAUUGGCCGCUGGUAUGUUCUCGAAGGCGGUCUGGAGUCUGCAAUAUCACACGUUCGCCUCCAAGGUUGGCGGCGAUGUGGCAGAGGCUGGAAAUGGUAUUGGCUCAUACGACGUCAGGGAGACGGUCUGGCAUGUGGACUGUUGUAACCCGGAGACCGAUAAUGGGUGGGAUGUUUUCAACGCCUUGCUAGGUUGGCAAAACACCGCGACCUACGGUUCCGUCAUCUCCUACAACGUAUACUGGAUGUUCAUCACAUUCGCCAUUGCGUGCAUGCUCUAUGAGGAGAGAACUGGCCACUUACCCCUGAAGAAGCCACUAGGAAGAAUGUUGGGCAAAAUUCCAGGUAUUGGUAAUUAUAUCCGCCGCAAGCGAACCGUCUCACAGGAACGUGCAGACGAGUUGGUAAGGGAGGGUCACGAAUAUCUUCAGACUGAACAAGGAGGGCCACGUCCAGGCGAUAAAAUCGAAGCUUCAAAUCAGGCUGCUUAA